GCUGCAGGGAGAGGAAAGGCCUGCAAAGACUAGUGGAGAAGCGAAAUGUUCAGCAGGGUUAUUUAACCGUGACUGGGCUCGCAAUGCCAAAAAAUAAAAAGUCCUACCGGCAUCCCUCCAAGACCUCCACGGUAAGGAGAGGCAGUGGAGACCAAUCCUCUAAGAUGUUCAUUUGGACCAGCGGGAGGAGUUCCACAUCCUACAGACAUGACGAGAGAAGGGAUCAUGAUCUACUGGACAAAAGGAAAACAGUCACCGCUCUCAAAGCAGGAGAGGACCGGGCGAUACUCCUUGGACUGACAAUGAUGGUGUGCUCCAUUAUGAUGUACUUCCUCCUGGGAAUCACGCUGCUGAGGUCAUACAUGCAAAGUGUUUGGACGGAAGAGGCACAGUGCACGUUGCUCAACGCCUCCAUCACAGAAACCUUUAACUGCUCCUUCAGCUGCGGCCCAGACUGCUGGAAGAACUCUCAGUACCCUUGCUUGCAGGUGUACGUCAAUGUAUCAUCUUCGGGGCAAAAGUUCUUACUGUACCACACAGAAGAGACAAUUAAAAGUAAUCCUGAGUGUUCCUAUAUACCUAAGUGUGGCAAGAACUUUGAAGAGUCACUGUCCCUUGUGAAUGUCGUCAUGGAGAACUUCAAGAAGUAUCAGCACUUCUCCUGUUUUUACGACCCAGAAGGCGUUCAAAAGAAUGUGCUGCUAACCAAACUAUACAGUUCUAAUGUGCUGUUCCACUCACUCUUUUGGCCAACGUGCAUGAUGAUAGGAGGGCUUGCUAUUGUUGCCAUGGUCAAGUUGACCCAGUACCUGUCCCUUCUCUGUGAGAGGAUCCAACGGAUCAACAGAUAGAACUGGCAGUUCGCUUUGGGGAUUGAUUUACAGCUGAAAUACUGUUGUUGUUGUUUUCAUUCUUCACCAAAGAACCUUAAGUUUGUAAUGUGUACGUCUGUUCUAAGUUCCUUAUAUUUUUAUGAAGUAGAGCAAUAACGAAAAAGGCUGUUCUAUAUGCAAACGGGAUGCUAUUAUUAUGCAGGUGAUGAAAGAAGGAUUUACCGUUUGCGUUGGCCGUCUACAUGAUCUUGAUUUAUGCUGCAAAUUAGUACUUCUUUUCUUCUUCUUCUUCUUCUUCUUCUUCUUCUUCUUCUUCUUCUUCUUCUUCUUCAUCUCCUUCUUUUUCUACAGCCAAAAUAGGGCUCAGUGUGACCAUUUGCCAAGCCUUGUCAAUGAAUGCAUCAACAUUUCUGCACAAAUCCAUUUUGGAGGGAUGUAUUACAUUGCCACAUGUGUUUUCAUAUGAAUCAUUUAAGUUCCACUUAAGCCAAGAGGUGGAGGGAAAAGGGGUGCAGAAUGGAAGGAAAUUAGGAGACAGGUAAGAGCAUCAAUUUGGUCGGCUGAAGUGAAACCAAGAUGGUUGCCUUUAUCCAGAAAUCUCUUGCAGGCCUGGAAUUCCCAGCUGCCUCCUCCCCUAAGACCAAAGGGUAAACACACAACAUCAAGAUGUGCAUUGCUGCACAUUCAGGCCCCAAUCCAGAAAACAUUCAUCACACUUAAAUCCCAUUGAAAGCUUUAGGAUAAUUUUGUCAUGGCUGAUUUUAAUGGGAUGUAAGCUAAACUUGUUUUCUUUGGAUUGGGGGUGCGGAGGCUCAAAAUUCUGGAUUGGGGCAAUAGUCUUUAUGUUGUCCUCAUGCUCGGGUAAGUUUUCCCUUUUGGCAUUUUAGAUAUCUAGCAAAACAUUUAUUUACCAUAUUUUUUACUCAUGGAUCCUUAUUUACCACAGCUACAGCCAAAAAAGAAAGAAAAAAAUUCCCACAAAUCUAAAGAAUUUGUCAACUACUUUUCAUUUUCUACUCCAACCUGAGCCCUGUUGGCAGCGAUGGGACCAGAAAACACCUUAAGUACAAGUUUAUUAUGUGCAUUCUUUCUUGUAUUUGCUACCAUAUCACUGUAAAGAAGAACUAAAAACACACACACAGUCAGCUAUUUUUUCAUUUUUUACUUCCAACUAUUUUAGAUUUUUUUACUGGAUAUUUAAAAAAAAGAAUACUAGACAAGAAGACAAAAAUGCCUAUUAUACCUAGUGGUGUAUUGUAAUACGAAUAUGUUAUAUUUUAUUAUUUCUUUUAUUAACUGGAAAGUAAG